GUGCGGCUGCGCGGCCGCAGUGGCAGCGGCUCCCGCAGCGCCGCCUUGUCGCUGGGAGCCGGUUGCGGGCCGGGCCGGGCCGGGCGAGGGGUGGGACAGGAGCAGGAGAGGCCGGGCGUGGAGCCGGGCUUAGCCGGCGUAGAGGCGCAGGAUGUCGGCGACGCUGUACCUGCUCUCCACUCUGGGCGGAUAUGUCCUCACCUCGGCGCUUCUUCUCAAGUGUCCGGGGCUGCUCCACCGGCCCAAGCGGCAGCGUUUCCGCUGCCGGCACAUCUCCCACCGCGGCGGUGCUGGAGAGAACCUGGAAAACACGAUGGCAGCCUUUCAUCAUGCGGUUAAUAUAGGAACAGACAUGUUGGAGCUGGAUUGUCACCUGACAAAAGAUGAGCAAGUGGUCGUGUCCCAUGAUGAGAACCUGAAGAGAUCAACAGGAGUUGAUGUCAACAUAUCCGACCUCAAAUACUCUGAACUUCCGCCAUAUCUCUGCAAGUUGGGCGUCACGUUUCAGAAAGAAUGUCACUGUGAGGGAAAAGACAACCGUAUUCCGCUCCUCAAAGAGGUGUUCGAGGCGUUUCCAGAAACUCCUGUCAACAUUGACAUCAAAGUGAACAACAAUGUGUUGAUCAAAAAGGUUUCGGAGCUGGUGAGUCAGUAUAAGCGAGAGCACUUGACAGUGUGGGGGAAUGUCAAUUACGAGGUGGUAUCAAAAUGUCUUAAGGAGAAUGCUGACAUUCCCAUCAUUUUCUGUUUGCAACGUGUCCUCCUGCUUCUUGGCCUGUUCUACACCGGUCUGCUGCCGUUCAUUCCUUUCAAGGAAGAGUUCUUGGAAAUUCCCAUGCCUUCAAUCAUCCUCAAGCUGAAAGAACCACAGAAGAUGACAAGAAGCCAGAAAUUUAUUAUCUGGCUAGCUGACACAUUGCUAAUGCGGAAAGCACUUUUUGACCACCUCACUGCUCGGGGCAUUCAGGUGUAUAUUUGGGUACUGAAUGAAGAACAAGAAUACAAGAGGGCAUUUGAUCUGGGAGCAACCGGAGUGAUGACAGACUAUCCAACAAAACUUAAGGAAUUUUUACACAAUUACCCAGCGUAAAGGAAGAAAACCAAGGAGGUUCUUGCAGAACAGAUUGUGAGCCAAGGAUUUUCUUCAUUAAAAAAAAUUGAGCAGCAUACACAGAUCAUUUUGUUUGAAAGAUGUAAUUGGAUGAUCUAUUACCUUGUAGUCAAGUUGCUACCUAAUGUAAAGGGUUGUCUAUUUAUUUUAAAACUUUAAUUACAUAGUUUACAUUUGUAAAUAGCUCAUUUAGCAACAGUGCACUUCACAAACAGCAAUGACUAGGGAGAAAGUUGCUGGUUAGGAUACCUGUAGAUAAUAAGCAUUAUUUUUACCUGUCACAGGUGUUCCUAAGCAGAUGUCAAGACAUGUCAGUUAUUCCAGUUAUAUUCUAGUGGGCAGAAACGAAAGAAUUUCUGAAAGUGUACCCUGUGUGUAUGCGUUUCUUGUGUUGCUUUUAGUUUUCAGGUAACCUAUAGGGCAAAAAAAAAAAAAACCCAAAACAAAACAACAAACCACGCACAGGAGAAGUAGAUAGCAGAAUCUGUGGCUGGCCGGAUAGUUUAGCCUGUAAAGUGUAGUCAGCAAAGGCGGUCACUUUUUUACCAAAAUUAACUCACUUGGUCAGUAUAGAUUUACUCAGUUAUUCUAACUGAUAAGAAUGCUGAGCUUGAGCUGCAACUGUAUUUAGACCCCUUUCUGAUGUGACAGUAAUACUGUGACUUACUGGUCAAUGUCUAAAUACAGCAUUUAAGCCAGGUUCUGGGUUUGGCACUGAGUUUCUCACUGCAAGGGUCUAGGGUUGCCCCUGGUUCUGACUUGCCUGUCAGGCUACCGUGGCAUGGCAGUAGCUAGCUUUCCAGGAAGGAAGACUGCACUUUUAUGUUACACUUACUUUGAAAUAGUCUUUUCACAAAGGAAGCCAAUGUUUCAGAAGUCUUUUGCACAUUUGUAGUUUUAACAUCUGUCAGCUUGAUGAAUGGGAAGUUGUUUUUAGGGUGAGGGACCAAAGACGACUAAGUUUGGUCAGAAGUUUUAAGAAUAAAUUAAAAUGUUCCUAUUAAGUGAGUUCACCCAAAGCAGAUUUAUAUGCAUAUUUGUAAAAGGAGCAACUGUCAAUAUAGAACAUGUGUGAAUUUUAGUCUUUUCUCUCUACAAAAGUACAUUCAAUAUUCAUUAAGUUUAUGCUCACGGAGAUGGAAGUAACUUCACUGGCAAAAGCCAAGAAACCCCAAGUGUGAUGGAACGGGGUUACAUGGGAAGGUAUUUCUGCAAGCGUAUGUGCUGCUCUGUCAUUGUGACCGGGUGUUACAUCGCAUCAGAUGUGAGCCUGCAAAGCCCGUGUGCUUUGGUGUCAUCAUCUUAGUGGUGGGGUUUUUCAGAAAGGACUUGAUUACUGUAGCCUCACUAUACACAAUGACAUGUAUAAAGCUCAGUCAUACAAUCAUCAGAUACUGCUGGAACGAAAGUAUUGUGUUGAUAGUGAUAGUAUCUACUUCUUUAAGGAACUUCAUGUGGAAAUGAUGGAUCUUAAAUAUAGUAGGAUCAUAGAAUGGGUCGGAAGGGACCUUUGAGGCCGUCCAGUCCAGCCCCCCCACAGUGAGCAGGGACAUCUUCAACUAGACCAGUUGCUCAGAGCCCCGUCCAGCCUGACCUUGAAUGUUUCCAGGGAUGGGGCAUCAACCACCUCUCUUUGCAACCUGGGCCAGUAUUUCACCACCCUCAUAGUAAAUUUUUUUUCCUUAUAUCCAGUCUAAUUCUACCCUCCUUUAGAUUAAAACCACCACCCUCAUCCUGUCACAACAGGCCUUGCUAAAGAGGUUGAGAAGUUGUCUCCAUCUUUCCUAUAGUCCCCCUUCAAGCACUGGAAGGUCACAAUAAGGUCUCCCCACAGCCUUCUCUUCUCCAGGCUGAACAGCCCCAGCUCUUUCAGACUUUCUUCAUAGGAGGGGUGCUCCAGCCCUCUCCUAUAGUGUAGUACUUCUCUCCUAGUAGCCAGAUGGAAGAGUAUACAUACUGCAAGGUAUACUCACUGUUAGAAAAACUUUUAAAGUGAGUGAUUUUUUUCCCUUGCUAGCUCAGAUUUAGAAGGGUUCUCGUUUCACUCUGCUGGCUGCUGUGGCAUGCCUGUAAUCAUGGAGCAUCUUCGCUGUUUUGUUAUGUCAGCCAUUAGGCUGUCAGUGUUAGAAUGCCAAGUCCAUCUGGAGGGAUAAUAUUUGCUUCUGCAUUAUAAUUCCUUUCUGAGGAACACUUCUACAUGAAGUGGAAGAAACCACUGCCUUUAGAAUUUAAGUGAACAGGUGAUGAUGGUGGCAGAUGAGUUAAAGGUGUCCUUUUAAAUAUCUGCCUGGUUAAGAUGGCUGUAGAUUCAAUUUCCUCUUAAUUUAAUCAGGUUUGCUGCACGUUGAAUGGAAGAGAGGAAAAUGUGACUUCCUAAGUGUUCAGAGGAAAAAGGAUGAAAUGAUUUCUUAUGUGCUAAGCUUCUUGUUUCCCUUUCAGACCGGUUAUGUCUGGUCAGGUAACUGCUAAUAAUCAGUCUAGUCAUAGUUCUGCCUGCUUUCUAGUAGUCACAGAAUAGUUAUAGGAGAGGCUCCAGAUGCAGCCCAGUAAGUAAAUUAAAAACUUCCACCCUUUCUGUCUUAGUCGGGUUUGCUAGCCAGUGCGUGGCUCCAGAAACUUUUUACACAGUGUGGUUUUCUUCAACUCGUUUUUAUUACUAGUGAAUUUCCAACAUGCACGCCUAUAUUAAGAUGCAAAUGUAAUUCUGGUUUUUGACAAUACUACCAAAUAGCACAUGUUAAAACUUUUUCUUUAGGCUAGGAAAAGCUAAGUUUUAAAAUACCAGUCUUGCUUUCUGGACUUGAUCUCUCAAGGGACAGGUGAUGACUUAGUUUUUUUCUCAAGUUUCCCUCAUCACUGCAUACAUGGACUUUUUUGCUUUGUUCUAUAUUGAAUGACAAAACAUGGUUAUUGAAAUUACAAACUUAAUUUUUUAAUUUCAUUUUAAACUUUUUCCUCUUUCUCUCUAGCAGUGGUGUUGGAAACUUCUGCCUUCAAGGAUGCUCAACCCAUUUGUCAACCUCUAGUCUUCCUACAUCUGAUGUAGCUUUUGACUGUGCUAUUUAUAUAUGACCUCUCCUUGAUAAGCCUGCUACUUAAUAUCUGAAAUUUGAGUCAAGUUACAUGGGAGGGAAGGGGUUUGGUGCCAGAAAAGCCACUGAAUUUAUUCAUUUGCUCAUUUGGGCUUUAGUACAGGAGCUAAAGUUUGAUCUCUUGAGAAAGAUAACAUUGCAUGGAUGAGGCCAUGAAUCUGAGCACCAAUGCACAGGGCUUAGGCCAUGAUAACUGU